AUGGUGGUAUUCUCAUCCCUGGCCCUUGCCACAACCACCAGCAUGGCCGGCCUCGCCUACCCCCUCUGGGCCCCCGCCGCCGCCGGCGCCUGCCUCGGCGGCGCCUUCGCCGCCCUCCACCGCCACGCCGCCGUGCGCCUCUGGCGCCCGCCGUCCGGCCCGCUGCGCCUCGUCGUCACCGGCGGCACGCGCGGCCUCGGCAAGGCGCUCGCGCGCCAGGCGCUGCUGGCUGGUGACGCCGUCCUCGUGACAGGCCGCUCGCGCCGCGGCGCCGAGGCGGCCGCCGAGGGGCUCAGGCGCGAGGUGGAGGCGCUUAAUGAGAUGGCGCGCGCCGCGCCGGGCGGCGGGAAGGGGGCCGGCGGCGCGGGCGCGGGCGUGGGGCCGCCGCGGGUGUUUGGGGUGGAGUGCGACGUGUCGGACCCUGAGCAGGUGCGCGCCCUGGGGGAGGCGUCAUCCCGGCUGCUGGGCGGCCCCGUGGACGCGUGGGUGGUCAAUGCGGGUCAGAGCGGCAGCUUCAAGGCCUUCCUGGAGGCGGACGACGACGCCCUGGAGCAGGUCGUGCGCACCAACCUGCUAGGCGCCCUGCUGUGCGCGCGCGAGGCGGCGCGGCGCCUGUCGCGGCAGCCUGACGGCGGCCACAUCUUCCUGAUGGACGGCGCGGGUUCCGACGGUGGCGCGACGCCCUACUACGCAGCCUAUGGCGCCACCAAGGCCGCCCUCCCGCAGCUGGCCCUCACCCUGCGGCGCGAGCUCGGCGCGGCCGCCUCCCAGCGCCACAACGCCGGCGCCCGGCAGCAGUCGCGGCAGCUGCGGGAGGGCGGCGACGACGGUCAGCAGCAGCAACAGGAGCAGCAAGAGGAGCAGCAGCAGCAGCAGGAGCAGCAGGAGCGGCACCCCGUGGGCGUCCACGUGCUGUCCCCCGGGAUGAUGAUCACUGACCUGCUGCUCGAGAACGCCAGCCACGCCAACAAGCAGGUGUUCAACAUCCUCUGCGAGCACCCAGAGACCGUCGCCGCCUUCCUGGUGCCCCGCCUCCGCACCGCCGUCGCCCGCGGCCAGGGCGGCAGCUACACGCGCUACCUAACGCCGGCGGCGGCGGCCUGGCGCUUCCUGACCGCCCCCGCGCGCGUCGGGCGCUUUUUCGACGGAGAGGGGCGGCCCGUGUACGCGCCCGAGGGCGAGAGGAUCCUCGGCCGCGGCGCGCGCGCGACGCGGCGCGCGCAGGCCGCGGCGGCGGCGAGGGGCGGCGCGCUGCGGGCGGCGUACUCGCUGAGCGUGCUGGUCGCGGCGGCCGGCGUCGUAGCGGCCGACGCUGUGGCAAAGGCGGCCGGCCAGUGA